AUGUCAUUGGCUCCCUUGCAAUUGGUUAACGAUACCAAAAUCAAUACCCGCUCAGAUGUAGUCAAUACUCCGACAAAGAAAAACUAUAUACCGAUCUCUUUUGAGAAGGAAAACAAUAAUCCUUCCUUUGUGUGUCAAAAAGGCAAGAAGUCUAACCAUAAUGAUGGGGAAAACAACGGUAAUGCUCAACAGCAUGCUCGACAUCAUUCUCCUGUCCAUAAAAAGAAGAAGGAAAAAUUAUCUUCUUUAUGCAAGACUCCUCCAUCUUUGAUAAAAUCGAAGGGGAAGGAUUAUUAUAGAGGCCAUUUCCUUGGUGAAGGUGGUUUUGCUCGUUGUUUCCAAAUGAAGGAUGAUGACGGGAAGGUUUUUGCAGCUAAAACAGUUGCCAAAAUUUCGAUUAAAUCUGAAAAGGCAAGAAAUAAACUUUUAUCAGAGAUUCAGAUCCAUAAAAAUAUGAGACACCAAAACAUUGUUCAUUUCAUUGAUUGUUUCGAAGAUGAUAUAAAUGUUUAUAUUUUACUGGAAAUUUGUCCAAACGGUUCCUUAAUGGAUUUAUUAAAGAGACGCAAAAUUUUAACUGAACCUGAAGUGAGAUUUUUUACUACCCAAAUAUGUGGUGCUUUAGAUCAUAUGCAUUCGAGAAAUAUUAUUCACAGAGAUUUAAAAUUGGGUAAUAUCUUCUUUGACAAGGAUUUUAAUUUGAAAAUUGGCGACUUUGGUCUAGCGGCUAUCAUUAACAAUGAAAAUGAAAGAAAAUAUACUAUUUGUGGAACACCAAAUUAUAUAGCACCAGAAGUAAUAAUGGGAGGAAAACAAAUCGGCCACUCCUUUGAAGUAGACAUUUGGUCUCUUGGUGUAAUGAUAUUUGCAAUGAUUACAGGUAAACCCCCUUUUCAAGCCAAAGAAGUGUCUACUAUUUAUGAUAGAAUAAAACAUUGUAAUUACAGCUUCCCAACUGAUAAAUACGUCUCUAAGGAUGUAAAAAAAUUGAUUCAAGAUAUAUUAUCAAUGAACCCAAUGGAAAGGCCUACGAUACAAGAAAUUUUAAACUAUAAUUGGUUUAAGGGUAACUUCCCGCCAUGUAUGCCAAUUGAUGUCAUGAAUGAUAUCCCAAUCUAUUUCAUGGACAUAUCACCUGAGGAGUCAUUAAUUAACUUCAGAAAUUGUAUGAUCAGAUCUGGUUUAUUAGUUGAUGAAGAAGAGAAUGUUGAAGAUGAUAGUCCAAUACAAAAUUAUCAAUAUAAGCUUAUAAAAGAUAAUUUAUCAUCGAUCACUUCUAAACUUUUCUCAAAAGAACAACAACAACAAAAGUUACUUCCAAAUAAUUUGUCACCAGGUCAUACAAAACAAAAGUAUAAAGAAAUUACAAGAAAGAUAUCGAAGCAAAAUUUAAACAAAAUUGGUUGUGACUUCAAAGAUUCAAUUUUAGACAUUUCUAAAAAUGUUUCCCCAAUUACCAACAAUUUCCAAGGAACUAAUUCUGCAAAUUAUAUCACCUCUAGAAUGUCUGCAAAGAUUUUGGCCAAUGAAUGUUAUAUAACUUUGAAAAAUAUACUUGAGAUUGAGAAUCAAAUAGAAAGAACUAAGAAUAUAUCAGACUUGGAAAUAUUCCCAGUUUUACAAAUUAAAGAUCCAAUAAUAGUGACUAAAUGGGUAGACUACACAAAUAGACAUGGAUUUGCAUAUCAAUUAUCAACUGAAGACAUUGGUGUAUUAUUUAAUAAUGGUGUCACAGUUCUAAAACUUUCUGAUGUUGAAGAAUUUUGGCAUAUUGAGAACGAUGAUUUACAAGGCUGGAUAGCAAUUCAUCUCAAAAUAUCAGAGAAGCCUGAAUUGUUGAAUAAGUAUUUUAGUGUUCUCGAUUUUUUCUCCAAAUAUAUGAAGAAUAAUUUGAAUAGAGUUUCUUCAUUCAUUAAAAGAGAUUACCAUAAGGAUGAUGUAUUUCUAAGAAGAUACACAAGAUGCAAUGAAUUCAUCAUGUUCGAAUUAAGUGAUGGAACAUUUCAAUUUAAUUUUAAAGACCAUUACAAGAUUGUUCUUUCUAACUCUGGGAAACUAGUAUCUUUAAUUUCGCCAAAUCAAGAAUCCACAACAUUACCAUUGAUUGAAAUAUUGAAAGGCCAAAAAAUAGAAAACUUUACGAACUGUGAUAUCAUGAACAAAUUUCAAUUAAUGAAACAAUUAUUGAACCAAAAAUCAGUAGGUGUCAUCAAAAGAUGA